AUGGACUUCUUCACGGGCCCGUUGGAGUUCUCCUGGAAGGUUAUAAUCGGGUGUGAGCUAUUCAACACACACACACACACACACACACACACACACACUCUCUGUUUUUACUCCCCUGACUCAGGCGGACACUAUGCUGGAGUCGACACUCUCAAAACGCGCCUGCUGCCGUGGCUUGGGACCUGUUUCUCAAUGGCGGGGACCUCGGUCACCGAUGACACCAGUCUGCAGCUCAUCCAGGACUCGGUGGAGAAGGACAAGAGGAUCAGGGAUCUCUCCGCCUCCCAUGACAGCGAAAAGCAGAAGCUGAGCUCCACUCGCCUGCAGCUGGACUCCACCAGAGCAGACCUCGUCGAUGCUCAGAAGGAACUGGAUGAGACGAAGAGCAAAUCAGCAACCACUCUGCUGGCCACCGAAGACGAAAUACUGCAACUGAGAGCAGAUUUGCGAUCCGCAUACGAGCAGGUGGAGGUUUAUAAGAAGAAGCUGGAGGCUCUCGACGAGUACGAGCGGCAGAUUCGCCUGCUGAGAGACGAAGUGUCCUACCUGAGCACAGAGAAGGCCAUGAUGCAGGAGAGGUUGUCGAGGAGUCGCUCUCCGAGUCCGAUGUCGAGGCUCAGUUGCUCCUCCAGCCCCACGAGGAGCGAGUCGCCCACCAGAGCUCAGCUCACCAGCUCCUCUCGCUACGCCCGCCUCGUGUCUCGCUUCAGCGACCUGUACGCCGUGGAGCGUCUGGAGGCCCAGAGCAUGCUACGACACUACAUCGUCGACCUAGAGAUGGUCCAGAAAAUCAUCUUCAUCGCUGUCGUGGAAUCCUUCCAGACAGCAAAACUGGCCUACCGUCAGUUCAAGCUGCGCGUGAAGAAGACGUUGUCCCCGUCCCGAUUCGGGCUGGAGAGUCCAGAGGAAAUGGCUGUGGACUACAUCGUCAGAAACCUGGACCUCUUUGACGUUCAGGCCAGCAUCGAUGAUGUGAUCAACGCCAUGAACAUGAACCCUCGGAUCUCUUUCCCGCCAGAGGUUGACUUUGCCCUCAUCAGCACCCUGAUCAGUGAGACCUGCAGGGUGGCGUUCGCCAUGCAGACGUUGGACCCACCGCUCGACUUGGCCUUCGCAAGUGAUGGGGAACUUUACGUAGACAGAAAGUACCGUCGCAGCUAUGACUCCGAGCUGUCGGCUCCUCUGGUGAUGUACCACGUGUGGCCGGCUCUCGUGGAAGGAGACGCUGUGGUGGUGAAGGGCGAGGCUGUGACCCGACGGGGCGCUGUGUGGAGUAGAAGUCAGAGCAGGAAUGACAGCCCGGCGCGCUCUCGCUCCCUCAGCCCGACUCGCACUCUUGCAUUUAACAGCAAAAGAAGGCAGUCUCCUGAACGUCUCAGGGCGAAUCACCUGUGAACUCCGGAUUACACCUCAUGUCAGUGAAAUAAUGUUUGUUUCACAUGUUAAACGAAUGCUUUCACCAAAUAAAGCAAUUCAAACCUACGACACUGCACCGCCCAACGGCUGCUCACAGUUUACAUUGUUGGAGGGCAGUUUAAUGGGACGUUGACAGUAACUACAGUACAUUACACAAGCCGCCGGGGAAAUAGUGGAGGUUAACGAGUCGCCAUCACUGUACUGGCGUUUGAAUGCAAGCUGACCUCAAAUGUGCACAAUUUACAUACUUUUACUUUCUCUGCGACGUUACUUUUAACAACAAUGUCGAGGAGUUCAGGAAGAACCUAAACCGUUCUCAGCUGCUGAAGCAAGUUAUGUCAGCUAAGUAAACACUGCUAAGCUACGGUAGCUAAUGUUAGCGGGCUGGAGACACUGUCUAGAAAGACACCAUGAGGAUAAUGCAAAACUAGCCUUUCAGCUAACUGAGUGGUUGUCUUAGUUGACUAUAUUUACUCAGAUAGAUAAACAGUAUUUUAGUGAUACUUCUUAAGUUAAAAGUUAACUGCUAACUAAACAUAUUCAACAUUUAAUCCUAUCUUUACUUUUUACGUAAAGUCUACGUAGCAGAAGUCUUUACGCCCGGUGUUAGCAUCGUGGCUCGGCUGCGUGUUAGCUGCUAGCUUCUAGAGAUUCUUGCCUGUUUUUACAGUUAAAGUGAUCUUUUGACAGAAUAUUGACAUCACACCAGCAACAUAACUACAGUGUUGACGCCUGUAUCUGUAGAACAUAUUACAGACAUGAAAAAAGUUAAGCUAUUAUCAAACACUUCCUGUUUACUUUUAAAAUAGAAGCACUCCAGCGUCUUUAAUUGGACAGAAUCCCUUCAAGGCUUUUAUUCUGAAAUAUGUGCAGGACAGUGUUGUGGAAAAUGACUUGCACGGCUCCUUAAAUUAAAGCUAGAGCUAAUAAUGUUGAGAAACUAGCAAGAGUAUGCAAGGUUUUAAAUUUCAUACAACCUAAAAAAACAGCUUAGUGUUGCUAAAUCUUUUCACAUUUUCCAUUUCACUAAAUCUAGCGAGAAAGUCGCAGAGUCACAGAUACCGGAUUUAUUCU